ACCAUCCAAAAACGAAAGCAUUCAUAACGCAUGCUGGUUUGAAUAGCCUCACGGAAGCAGCAUUUGCUGGAACACCACUCAUUUGCGUACCGAUGUUCGCUGACCAGCAUUACAAUACAGCUAUUUCGCUGAGGAAAAAAACCGGUGUUUAUCUGAACAAAAAGCAUAUCAACCUGGAAACUGUGACAGAUGCGCUUCAGAAAGUACUCAAUGAUCCAAGGUCUGUUUUGAUCCUCAACGAAACCCAUUUCGGGGGAUAAAU